GACGCUAUCUAUUUUAUGUGUGUAAAUUUUUGGUUUUACCUACCCGGUUAUAAACAAAACUUCCCUUCUAGUGUUAGUAGGAAUAGUAAUUUUUUUGCCAAAAUAGAGGGCUGAAAUUUGAAAAUGUCAUUACAACUUUUUUACACGAAUCUCAAUUUAAUUGAUAAAUGUAAUUUUACAGUGGCCCUAAAUGAUUAAACAAUAAAAUGGCAAAUAAAAGGGAAUGCAGAAAACGUGAAAGUCAACAAUCAACAAUCGAGGAAGAUGUUCCCUUUUCAUCGGGCAGCGAAGUUAAAGUUACAGAUUCCAACUUCUUGGCUACACAGAAAGCGUAUUUUUGUAAGCCACACUUUAGCGUAAGCUACAUGGAUUUAAAGAAGAUAUUUACAUCAACAAAUGUCCGUUGCUUAAACGGAAAUGCACAAAGCGAAUUGAUCCCUGUUGACGAUGAGCACCAAGAGGAGUCCUGUUCAGUCCAUAAUGAGGAAUUCCGUCCCAAUCUGGCCUUUUCACAUUCUAUUGGUAUACAAACUGAUCUCCCGAAGAGGAUUAAGAAACGUAACUGUACCACAUCGUCGUCAUCAGCAUUGCUUUAUUACAAACCCCCCUCCCUAAGAUUUUACCACCUGGAACGUGUUUCAGUUAGGCGUACUUGCGAGGUAUGUACAUUUAAAGCACGUGUUGUUUCCAAGAUUAAGAACCACCAUCAUGGGAGGUACUUUGACCAAUUACCUACCCAAAUCGUCGAUUUCUUCAGGUGGCUCGGAUAUACAAUUCAACGGGUUUUGGUUUCGCUUUAUCCACGUAAAUCCACACCCGUCAACUGCAGCAAUUGCGCCACUUAUCUUAAUCAGACUACAGCCUUAAUAAGCAGUUUUGAGAGCUUACGCUCGGACAUACUGUCGAUAAAAGAGCAGAACAAAGAGAAUUGGGAAUCGCUUAAUCAAGAAUUGCAGAACUUUAAGGCCAACGUGAACGUCAAGCGUGACCUACGUGACAGUAAAAUCGUAUCGGUACCUCCACCUCCUCCGCUUCCACCUCCGCCGCCUCCACCCCUACAAUCAAAUGCAGCUGUGCAGAAGAGUGAGGUAAAGGAAAAAAAGAACACACUCGAAGUUGCCAAACCGAUCAUCUCAGUUCAGGACAUUUUGAAUGUUAAAUUAAGGAAAAUCGGUGAGCGUCCCAACUGCCACCUGCGCUGUGUAAACGAGCCAAGCUUGGAAAAUUCGUUUACCACUUUGAAACCAAUUACUUAAAUCACAAUCACUUGUAAUUUGACACAUACUGUAUAUAUGUGUUGAUAACUUUCCCGCCCAAAAAUAAGUAUAAGUAAAGUCCUGUAGGGAUGUCUCAUAUGGCUUUGCUGAUUUACUGUUUACUUUUAUAUUUUUCUAGAAAUAGCAAAUAAACGUGAUUUUACGAAGAAUGUGCAUUGUUCAAGAUUAAUUGCUAGUAAUUUAUUCAAAAACUUAUUACCUUUCCAGUACAAUAAAAACAGACAUCAUGACCUAACCUCUAAAACCAUGGGGUUAGACUUCGAUAUUUUAGAACACUGCAGAAAAGUACGUGCAGAUCACGGUCCACCCUACACGUGUCCCAUUGAAAAAUGUUGUCGCACCUACAAGUCCGUUUGCGGACUUCAAUAUCACUUAAAGAGCUUCGAUCACAACAACCCGAACGCACAAGCCCUUACACCACAGACGUCGAAAAACAAGAAAGGCAGGCCACGAACAACAGCGACCAUACCUCAACCGACCCUUCCUACUGCUCCCGAACCCCUAACUUACGAUGAGGCACAAAAGAUUAUCCAGUUGGAAAUAAAUGGUGAAAUUGUACGUAUUAACAUCAACGAAUCGUUGGAUGUCCAUUCCAAGGAGGAUUUCCCGGACGAUGAUGUGAAACCGGCCUUCGAACCAGAGCCAUCCAUUUCGCUACCAGAAGCAGUAUUUAAGAAACUGGACAAUUAUAACAUUUGCGAUGCGCCCCCACGUCCGAACGCAUACAUUCGUUUUAUCGAGAAGAGCGCGGAGGAGUUAGACGGCGAGGUGGAGUACGACGUUGACGAGGAAGACACAGCAUGGUUGAGUAUAAUGAACGAGAAACGAGAGGCGCAAGGUUUGGCACCGGUAUCUGUUGAUUCGUUAGAGUUGCUGAUGGACCGUUUGGAGAAGGAGUCGUACUUUCAGGCAGCUGUAAACGGACAGACGGGUAGUGUGGUUGACGAUGACGCCGUGUGUUGCAUCUGCAUGGAUGGAGAAUGUCAAAACACGAACGUCAUACUCUUCUGUGAUAUGUGUAACUUGGCGGUCCACCAGGACUGCUACGGUGUUCCUUACAUUCCGGAAGGUCAGUGGCUGUGUAGACGGUGCUUGCAGUCGCCCAGUCGAGCGGUCGACUGCGUCCUCUGCCCCAAUCAGGGAGGAGCCUUCAAGCAGACCGAUCGGGGACACUGGGCGCACGUCGUGUGCGCCUUGUGGAUACCCGAGGUUCGGUUCGCCAAUACAGUAUUUUUAGAGCCUAUAGAUUCGAUCGAGACAAUACCUCCGGCCCGAUGGAAGCUCUCCUGCUACGUUUGCAAGCAAAAAGGCGUGGGCGCUUGCAUACAGUGUCAAAAGACAAAUUGUUACGCCGCCUUUCACGUGACCUGCGCCCAGCAGGCGGGCCUGUACAUGAAGAUGGACACGGUGAAAGAUUCGGGCGAUGCGCAGCCGGUUUUGGUGCAAAAAACCGCCUACUGUGACGUGCACGCCCCCUCAGAUACCGAUUGCGUGAAGGAGGACUCGAGGCAGAAGAUGAAGCAAGUCCGCAAGCUUCUCGCGAAGAAGCGCAAUUUCGUGCCUAUCAUACUUAUCCCGACGAUUCCGCCGGAACGCAUCCAGGAGAUUGCGUCUCUGGUGACGAUAACGAAAAAGUCUCAGUUUAUUCAGCGACUGAUCGCGUAUUGGACGUUAAAGCGUCAAUAUCGCAACGGAGUGCCUCUGUUGCGACGAUUGCAGAGCGCGCAAGGUGGGCCGAGAGAUUCGAAUACUGGCAGCGUGGAUAUUAUCGAGCUGUGUCGACAAUUGAAGUACUGGCAGUGCCUGAGACAAGAUUUGGAGCGCGCGCGUUUGCUGUGCGAGUUGGUGCGCAAGCGCGAGAAGUUCAAGCUUGAGUAUAUAAAAGCGACGGAGCGUUGUCUGAACGUCGAGCUGCGCCCACUGCAAGCGAGCUUGCGAAAAGUUCUCGAUUUAAUCUCGGCCAAAGACACGAAUGACAUCUUCAGUGAGCCCGUGGACCUCGAGGAGGUGCCCGACUACCUAUCGGUUGUAUCCGAUCCGAUGGAUUUGAGCACGAUGCGCGUCAAACUUGACGUGGGCAACUACCCCAACUUGACCGCCAUGGAAAAGGAUUUUGAUUUGAUGAUCGCCAAUUGCCUCGCCUACAAUAACCGAGACACUGUCUUCUAUCGUGCGGCGAUUAAAAUGCGCGAUCAGUGCGGCGCUAUCUUCCGGCAGGCGCAAAAGGAAUUCGAGGAGUCCGGUCUAGUUAAUCCGAUUGAAAAUUUACAGGCGUCAUCCGUGGGGAACGAGGAAUCGCUGGCAUCCGAUAUCGAUAAAGAAUUGGAAGAUCUGCAGGGAAAGAGUGGGCCGGACGUUUUUACAAAGCUGGAAGAUCUGCUCGUCAAAAGCCAAGCCUUGAAGCACGGAUUAGCUCGCGCCAAACGCGUGAAGCUCAUCCGAAGCGAACUGACGAAAGUGAAAAAAACCUUAAUCACGACUGACAGUUUAAGUUCACAAUCGGAUGGCGAUAACGACUCCAUCGACCCAAAGGCGUCGAAUCCCAGUACAUCCAAUUCGCCCAGCGGGGUUAAUCGCCGAACUGCAGUUCUUUUCACGAGGAAGGCACUCGCUGCCUUAAAGAAACCGAGCGAGGAGAAAGAGGACAAGGAGGAAACGCAGCAAACAGAGUCAAAGCCGAAGAAAAAGGGCAGACCUCGUCGCGGCGCGAGCGAGCCCGAAUCCCAACUGGUCGAUUCAAAAAACGGUAAUUCCUCAAUGCCCGAUAGUUUCCGAAUUUAUCGUGCCGGUCACCAAACUUCCGGGGACGAGAACAGCGACAGCUCCAGCCUGUCGACUUGCUACUCGCGUGAGUCAUCAGAGAUAGACUCCGACGAGGAUUCGUCCAGUUCAGUUUGCGUCACCGACAUGUCGGGCAUUGAGAGUAAUGAAAAUUCGGCCGAAAAAUUGACGCUCGAGCCUAUGCAGCUGGUAUGGGCAAAGUGCAGAGGUUAUCCGUGGUAUCCUGCGCUAAUUAUCGAUCCCGAGGUUCCCAAAGGUUUUGUAUAUCGCGGCGUUCCCAUUCCGACGCCCUCACCUGAGGUUCUCGCAUUACAUUCUAAUCAUACGGAGCAUGUUUAUUUAGUAUUAUUUUUUGACGCUAAGAGGACAUGGCAGUGGUUACCUGCUGAAAAGUUGGAAGCUCUUGGUAUCGACAAGGAACGUGACGAAGCUAAAGUAAACGAAUCGAAGAAAGCAACUGAUAGGAAAGCCGUUCGAAAGGCGUAUGAAAAUGCUACUUCGUAUCAAUUGCAAGUGAAUGAGCCGGUAGAUGCAGAUGAACUAAAGUAAUUUAGUCCUGUAUUCGAUUUAAGUAUUAUCAUUUUAUCAAUAAAGCUUUUUAUUCUA